UUCUGCAUAUUUCUCCACUCAGAUUAUUCCAUCUUUGUUCAUCACAUUUCAACCACAUUACGCAUUUCUCUGGUUUUCUUUUUCCAUCAUCCAUAUUAGAAGGAUUCUGCAUUUUCUCUGGGGUUUUGUUCUCUGGACAUACUAAGUGAUCAUCAGAAUGACGAACCAGAGGGAGCAGAAGGACGUUGUGAUCGAUAUAAGGAAGAAGCUGAAGGAGGCAGGGCCACCAAUAACUAAAGAGUGUAGCAUAUACAGAGUGCCCUUUGAUAUCCGCAAACACAACGCAGAUGCAUACACCCCAAAGAUUGUUUCUAUAGGCCCUCUUCACCACAACGCUCAUCCUGGCCUUCAAAACAUGGAAAGACACAAACUCAUUUACUGUAACUCAUUUCUUGAACGAACCCACACAGAUGUGGACACCUGGAUCCGCUACAUAGAAAAGAUAGAGCCUGAUUUGCGCCGCUAUUAUUCAGAAACGCUUCAGUUCAGCAAGGAGGAACUGGUGAAUAUAAUCUUGGUGGAUUCUGGUUUUAUAUUUGAGCUUUUCUGGAAAGACUAUAACAAGAAGGACUGGACUGAGAAUGACACAUUUCUUUUAAUUCCCUUGAUAAGGGACACUGUAGCAGUAGAUUUGUUCUUAUUUGAGAAUCAGAUUCCAUUUCAUGUUCUCACCAAUCUUUUCGAACUCUCUCGCACCACUGGAUCUGAUGCUGGUGUGCACUUUAAGGUUCUCAACAGCGACUGUUUGCUAGACUUGAAAUUUUCAGGAGGAGUUCUUCAAAUGCCGAAGUUGAAAGUGGAAGAUCGUACUGAGGUUUUGUUUCGAAAUAUGGUGGCUUUGGAGCAGUGUCACUAUCCUCUAGAAUCCUACAUUACAGACUAUGUUUGUCUUUUGGACUUCCUUAUAAACAGCAGCAGAGAUGUGGAUACACUGGUCCAACAGGAAGUACUGGUGAACUGGACAGGAGACACUGAUACAGUCGUCAAUCUGUUCAAUAGUCUUGGCAAAAAUAUUACACAGUCAAACAUGAAUUCAAAUUACUUGAUUGUCAGCCAUGGAUUGAAUUAUUUUUAUCGUAAUAUCUUUAAUAAGCUGAAAUCCACUCUGAGACGUGAUUAUUGCGACAGUCCUUGGCAAACUGCUGCUACCAUUGCUGCAAUUGUUCUCCUUGUUCUCUCUGUGAUUCAAACAGUUUGUUCUAUCAUCAGUGUACUACCGCAAGAAUAGAUUUAUGCCUCUAUCUGAUCAAUUCAGUAAUUGUUACAUCUUACAUGCUAAUUGUUGUGAGUGUUUUUUUUUUCUCUUUCAUCAUUUCAAUUUCGGUGUUUCUGUUUUCCUUACUUGGAGUGUUGUAACUGA